GUGGCUGCUUCUGCAUUGUGAAAACCUUUACCUUCUCUCUUUAUUGUUUCAGUCACAGUUUCUCUGAGAUUUCCUAUGUCAGAUCAAAGACCCCUGGACCACUGCACAGCUCACGAUUUGAAGCAGAACUUCUGAAGAACUGAAGGUCUGAUGAAGGGAAUCCCUAAGAGAGCUGUUGCUGAGCGUCCCUCUUUGACACCCAAUGCCUGACUGCGCCUAAGUGGAGGGGAGCAGAGAGAGGGAGGAGAGAAGAGAAAAACAGCAGGAGGAGGGUGAAAUCUAACCAGACUAUGUUGAGGAGCCACAGGCUGCGCACAGCACGUUGCUCUGGAGUUUGAAAGGAUGAAAGGGGAAAGAUUGAGAUUAUUGCUGCAGAGAUUUCGGAGGUGAGGGCAAGUGGAAACUUAUUGACUUCUUUGGCAUCAAUACUGGGGAGGAGAUGAGAAUAAAGUGAUUUUAAUCCACAGGAGACGCAGGACUGUUACUGUGGAGGAGUGCCGUGCCUUUAAUCCCUCAGAAAAUAGGUCAUUUUCUUAUAGACAAACUUACUUUGAAAUACUUUACCUUUCAAAACCCACAUCGAUUUUUGUGGGAGGGAGAGAUCUGAGGAUCGGAUCGGAUUUGAGACUUCGGGGCUUCAAAGACAUCUGCUGCAAUUUUUCUGAGAAAAACAUGCAUACAUAAACCGCAUGCAGACUUACUAUUCAGUGCAAUCUGGAAUCACGAUCCUCAUAGGAGAAGCAUGUCAGCUGUAGUCUCGUGUGUCGCGCUCCGAGGAAUAGUGCUGGGAACAAAUUCACUUCUGGCAUAAAAUGAGAAAUUUAUCACAGCCGAUCAUUCCUGACCCACUCUUUCAGAGAGCAUGUGGCUUAUUUCGCCUUCUCCUCUCGCUUUUGAAGCCGUGAGAAUCUUCUCUGGAAAAUAAGAGCCGGUGGUUGUGCUUACAGACCGGGAGAACUGAAAUAUUUAAGACUCUGGCUGUGAACGAUGCAAUUAACGAUUGAUGAAAACCGAAGCGGCUGUGAUCAGUAUGCAUGGGUUGCCUACGUUCACUUGGAGAACUGUGGGAGUGAGUUAAGGCGAGAGGACUAAUGACUGACAACGGAAACAGGUUUGCUGUGAGGUACUACGGAGUACAUCCUGUGCAUUAGCUUGUUUGCUUCUGGCUGAAUUUAGAAACAGCAAGUGUGGCUCAUUCUUGAUCUUUUUCUCUUGCUUCCUCAUUAUUUCUUCCUCCCAUCACGCCUCAGUUCGAGGAACAGGUUGCUGUUCUAUUAAGCAGAUCUAGAUUUAACUAUUGUUUCCAGGACUGCUGUGCCUUUGGGUUGAACAGUUAAGGCAACUCAUAUGGGUCUACAAAACUGUUUUUGAUUGAGCAUUCAGCCACCCAUUAUUUUUAUCUUGUUUCUCAUAAGCAACAUGGUCCCACCGCCCCCUUCCAACAAGCCACACGUUUGCCUUUCGUGUGUGCUUAUCAUGAGUAGCAUGGCGCUGCUGGACGCCUACCUUGUGGAGCAGAAUCAAGGUCCACGGAAGGUGGGUGUCUGCAUCAUGGUGAUGGUAGGGGACGUGUGUUUCCUCAUCGUGCUGCGGUACAUUGCGGUAUGGGUCGGCGCCGAAGUACGAACUGCUAAACGUGGCUACGCCAUGAUCCUCUGGUUCUUCUACGUCUUUGUGCUGGAGAUCAAGGUAUACUUUGUAUACCAGAACUACAAGGCAGAAGGCGAAAGAGCGGACACUCUUACCUGCAAGGCUUUGACAGUGCUGCUUUCCGUGUUUGUGCCGGGACUUUAUGUUACGUUGGCAGCCAUCGACCACAUGGAAUACGUUCGUCCGCUCAAGAAGAGGGAGGAGUUGAGAAGUCGGCUGUUCUGGGUUGUGGUGGAUCUUCUCGACAUCUUGGACAUUCAGGCCAGCCUAUGGGAGCCUCAGAGAAAAGGGCUCCCUCUAUGGGUGGAGGGCCUUACUUUUUUCUACUGCUACAUACUACUUCUGAUACUGCCGUGUGUGUCGCUAAGUGAAAUUAGCAUGCAAGGUGUGAACAUUGUACCGCACAAGAUGUUGUUGUAUCCCAUUCUCAGUUUGGUCGCCAUCAACUUUAUUACGAUUUUUAUACGGGGAGGAAAUAUGGUGUUUUAUAGGGACAUCCGAGUGUCUGGAAUACUCAUGGGUAAGAACGUCCUCGCCAUUGUCCUGAAAACCUGCAGCUUCGUGCAGUACCGGAGACACCUGCAGGAGGCACCAACACCCGCUCUCGCUCCGGAACUACAGAGGGACACAGUGCCACAAAGUUCUCGAGGGGCAGUGCCAGUCGUAAUGCCCAUGUCUGUCACCAUGCCAACUCCGCAGGUAGUCAUACAAGAUCUCACCACACUUCCAGAAGAGCCCGAACUUGAGGAAACAUGACAAAAGGGGGAGUGAGAAGACUUUGCACUGAGGAUACUUGGAUGCACAACAUGAACUGCUAUGAUAUUUUUUUUUGUCCUAAUGUUAAUCUGAGUGUACACUGUAUGAUUUACUACUUUAAUGUUUCUUAUCAGAUUGUAUGAUUGGAUACAUGCCGUAAUGUUCUACACCAGGGGUCUUGCAGAGUUCAGUUCCAACCCUGAUCAAACACACCUGUCUGUAAAUAUCAAGUGCUCCUUCAGAUCCUAAUUAGUUGGUUCAGUUGAGUUUGUUCAGAGCUAAACUCUGCAGGAAGGUAGAUCUCCAGGAACAGGGUUGGGCACCGCUGUUCUACACAGACCAGGCCAGACAUUUUGACUGCAUUGACCGGGCAUUUUAAAGCACCACUUAAUCAUUUUCUUCAAUUUUUGUCUUUUUUCCCCCCUGUAGAAAUAUUUAAACAUCCUUAAAACAAGACAAAAUUAACUAUUGUUAUAUUUAGAAUAUUAAUCUUUCCACACUGGUAAAUUACUUUUUCUUGUUUGAAAUGUAAACCUAACUACAUUUGGUAAGAUUUAUGCUUUAAAACAGACAAUAUUUGUAGAGGGGUUAAUGUCAAAUAAAUGUAAUUAAUAAGACAAAAUACUGAUUAAAAUAUUUUUGCAGUGCUAACCACAAAUUUUGCCUUGAAGAUGAAAAAAGACUGUGAAUUUCUGACAACAAAAAAGUGGCAAAAUUCAUUGAGUGUGCACCCAGUUUUAGUGAAAUAAUUGUUUGUGGAAUGGAGACACAAGGCAGCUGUGGAUCUGGGGUCCAUUCAUUUCCAGAAAAAGUCUUUAAUUCUGGAAUGUCGUAGUUUAUGAACAUCAUUAAUUAACAAGAGGAAUGCCAAGCAAAUCACACUUGAAAGAACUCUCAGUGACCCGAUGAUUGUACAAUCACAGACAGCUGCGAAUAUAUCAUCUAUUUUCGUUUUUCCUGGUGGGUGUUAUAAAUGUGGUGCAUCAUGUUUUUUGAAGUAAAAUCAUCUUAUUUUUACAGUCCUUUAAUAAUGGUGAAAAGUUGUGUUUUGGAACAUCUCAUACUAUAAGUCAUUUCUGUUAUCUCAUUACAAAGUGAAUGAUUUAUAUUUGAUGGAAUUAUGCUUCAUAUAUAUUCUUUGUUUUGAUGUUUUAUGAGAACCAAAUGAAUGAUAUUUUG